GUUACAUGUUACAUUUAUUAUUUAUCACUAAAAAAAAAUACAGCUGUUUCAUCGUAAAUUAUAAUAUUAAUAUUUUUUAAAUAAUAAUUAUGGAAGACUCAAGCGAGUUGUUAAAUGAAACUGAUGGAUUUUCCCAAUUCAUUGGAAUUAUAAUCGCUGUUGCGGUAAUAAUAUUCACUCUGGUUUUCUUCACAUUCUGGCAGAGAAGAAAAUCAGCAAAACGGAAUAUUCUUCUCACUGGAUUGUGCGAGGCAGGAAAAACUUACGUGUUUACUCGAUUUGUUCAAGAUAAAUGUAUUCCGACUUAUACAUCUGCAAAAGAAAAUAUUGGAGAGAUUAAAAUAAAAGAUCGAAGUCUUCAAAUAAUUGAUAUACCUGGCCAUGAACGUUUAAGAUACAAAUUUUUAGACAAAUACAAAACAUCUGCGGUUGGCAUAGUAUUUAUUAUUGACUCUGUCACUAUCAAAAAUGAUAUACGUGAUGUUACUGAAUUUUUGUACAAUUUACUAUCAGACUCAACAAUCCAAAAGGUACCAUUGUUGAUUCUUUGCAACAAACAAGAGCAAAAGACAGCCAAGUCCAGCUCCGAUAUUAAAUCGCUGUUGGAAAAAGAAAUGGAUCUCGUACGCGUUACUAAAUCUAGUCAACUAGAAGCUACAGACGAUACUUCUGCUUCGUCUUUUAUUGGAAUUCAAGGCAAAGAUUUCAAGUUCGAUCACUUGAAUACUGAAAUUCAAUUUGAUGAAUUUUAUUCUAGCAACUUUAAUAAAGAAGCUCUUCAAGAUACAUUCAGAAAAAUUUUUUUGUAAUUUAAAAUCAUUUAUUUUUUUAAUAAAAUAAUAUUUCUAAAUUUUCCUU